AUGCCUGCAAUUGACAACGCUACUCAACCCACAACCACCGCUCCCAAUGCUGCCGUUGAGGCCGAAAAGAAGGCUAAGAAGCCCAUCCGCCAGGCUGUUGGUGGCCUUGUCAUUGAUACUACCAACAACAAGGUAUUGAUGCUCUCCAGUCGCAAGGCUGAGGGUGCUUACCGUCUUCCUCGUGGUAAUUGCGAUGAAAAUGAGACACCUGAACAAGCUGUCGUCCGUGUGCUUCAUGAUGAAGCCGGCGUUGAGGUCGAGAAUGUCACUCAGAGAGUGGGCACAUACACUGAAGCCAACAAGAAGGGUAAGAUCGUUGGCCAUCACUGGAUGUUUGAGGUUGCAAACCCCAAGCUUCUUGAUUCUUGGCCUGCAUUGGAUCGUAAGCGUGUCUGGUUCACCUUUGAAGAAGCCAUUGCUGCCUCUGCUGAUCGCCAUAUUGCCCGCUUAGCUCUCAACAACUGUUCUUUAUCCCACUAA